GUCUUUUGUUGUUGUUGUUGUUGUUGACCUCCUGUUGUUCUCUCUCCUCUUCUGUUGUCCUUGCAUACUCUCCUCACCUCUUCUUGUUCUGUUUUCUCUGAUCAAUCUCCUCCACACCCACACCCACACCCCACUCCCCCUAUUCUUUCUACAGUGCAGGAUCAGACCUCCUCUCUACCCUUCUUUUCUUUACCUCUCUUUCCCUGGGCGUGAUCGUGAUCGAUGACGACAAAGCUGGUAGUGGAAGUUGUAGAUGCAAGCGAUCUCAUGCCCAAAGAUGGACAGGGCUCUGCCAGUCCCUACGUCGAGGUUGAGUUCGACGGCCAGCGCCAGCGCACCCACACCAAGCCCCGAGACCUCAACCCCCAGUGGAACCAGAAGCUCUUCUUCAACGUCAACGGCGGCCCCACGGACCUCCACCACCGCAUCAUCGACGUCGUCGUCUACAACGACCGCAACCACGGCCACCACAAGAACUUCCUCGGCCGCGUUAGGAUCUCCGGUCACUCUGUCCCCUUCUCCGACUCCGAAGCUUCGGUUCAGAGGUACCCUCUCGACAAGCGUGGCCUCUUCUCCCACAUCCGGGGCGAUAUAUCCCUCAAAAUCUACCUCCUCAAUGUCCCUCAUGAGUACGAUGAAUAUGGGCCCAGCUCCUUCCCUAAUUUUCGUCCUCCCCCCCAAAAUGCUAAUACUGCUGAUGCUGAUGCCGCCGCCGCCGCCACUACUACUCCUACUAUUCUGCAAGAUAUGGAUUUCAAUCAUGAUAAGCUUGUAAAUGAAGGCCGCGGCCAUAUCCACGCUCAUGCUGAUGAUGAUCAAUAUACUACUAGUGAUAAUUAUAAUAAUAGUAAUAAGAAGAACAAUACCAAGGAGGAAAUUACAAAGCAGGAAAAGGACGCUGCCCGCAGGACCUUCCACUCCAUUGGAACUAACAGCAGUGGAGGCACCGGCCGACCCAGCCCUUCCCCUGCACCCCCUCCUCCCUUCUCAGCACCACCCGGACUCGAUGCCCAUUUCAUGAAGGCAGGCCCUGGCCCCACCAGCGUCGUCCGCAUGCAAGCCCCCAAGCUUACCCAGAACCCUGAAUUCUCUGUGGUUGAGACUAGGCCCCCCGUGGCAGCCCAUCUCCGGUACCGGGGCGGGGACAAGACCACCAGCACUUAUGAUCUCGUCGAGCAGAUGCACUUCCUCUACGUGAGUGUGGUCAAGGCCAAAGAUCUCCCCAACAUGGAUGUCUCUGGCAGUCUCGACCCUUAUGUGGAAGUGAAGGUUGGGAAUUACAAGGGGAUCACCAAGCACCUGGAGAAGAACCAGAACCCGGUGUGGAAUCAGAUAUUCGCCUUCUCCAAGGAGAAGCUGCAGUCCAACUUCCUUGAAGUGACUGUCAAGGACAAGGACAUCGGGCUGGAUGAUUUCGUGGGGAAGGUCACCUUCGAUAUAACUGAGGUGCCUCUCCGAGUCCCGCCCGAUAGCCCCUUGGCUCCUCAGUGGUAUAAGUUGAAGAAUAAGAAGGGGGAGAGUACCACCACUAUGAAAGGGGAAAUCAUGCUUGCCGUUUGGAUGGGGACUCAGGCUGACGAGUCUUUCCCCACGGCUUGGCACUCUGACGCCCACACCGUCACGCACGCUAACCUGUCAAAUACCCGAUCCAAGGUCUACUUCUCACCGAAGCUCUAUUACCUCCGAGUGCACGUCAUUGAAGCUCAGGAUCUGAUCCCCCACGAGAGAGGCCGUGCUCCCGACGCGUACGUAAAGGUCCAGCUGGGGAAUCAGGGCAGGGUCAGCCGACCUUCCCAGAUCAAGACCACCAAUCCUAUAUGGAAUGACGAGCUCAUGUUUGUCGCACCUGAGCCGUUCGAGGAUUCCAUAAUUGUCUCUGUCGAGGACAGAGUUGGACCUGGGAAAGAUGAGCCCUUAGGAAGGUUGCUCAUUCCUGUCAGGGACGUCCCCCAUAGGGUCGAGACCGCUAAGCUCCCCGAUCCCCGGUGGUUCAACCUUCACAGGCCUACAUUCCUGGCCGAGGACGAGGAGAAGAAGAAGAAGGAAGUAAAAUUCGCGAGCAAGAUAUGCCUGCGGUUGUGGCUGGAUGUGGGGUACCAUGUCCUCGAUGAGUCCACUCAUUUAAGCAGCGAUCUCCAGCCCUCGUCCAAGCACCUGAGGAAGGCGAGCAUUGGGAUUCUCGAACUCGGGAUAUUGAGUGCUCGGAAUCUGCUGCCAAUGAAGAGCAAGGAAGGCAGGACAACUGAUGCCUACUGCGUGGCCAAGUAUGGGAACAAAUGGGUCCGGACGCGAACUCUCCUCGACACCUUAACUCCUCGGUGGAACGAGCAAUACACCUGGGAAGUGUUCGAUCCAUGUACUGUGAUAACCGUUGGGGUGUUCGACAACUGCCACAUCAACGGCAAAGACGAUGCCAGGGAUCAGAGGAUCGGGAAAGUGAGAAUCCGCCUGUCUACUCUUGAAAUUCACCGAGUCUACACCCACUACUACCCUCUCCUCGUCCUCCAAAGUUCGGGCUUAAAGAAGAACGGGGAGCUCCAGUUAGCAUUGCGAUUCACCUGUACGGCUUGGGUAAACAUGGUGGCGCGAUACGGGAGGCCAUUGCUUCCGAAGAUGCAUUACAUACAUCCCAUUCCGGUCAGGUACAUUGAUUGGCUCCGCCACCAGGCGAUGCAGAUCGUGGCCGCGAGACUGACCCGAGCAGAGCCGCCGCUGAGGCGAGAGGUCGUGGAGUACAUGCUGGACGUGGAUCAUCACAUGUUCAGUCUGAGGAGGAGCAAGGCCAAUUUCCACCGAAUCAUGUCCGUCCUUUCUGGGGCGACUGCGGUCUGCAGGUGGCUCGACGGCAUCUGCCAGUGGAAGAACCCCGUCACGACCUGUCUCGUUCAUAUCCUUUUCUUGAUACUUGUUUGCUACCCUGAGCUGAUCCUCCCGACUAUCUUCCUCUACCUCUUCAUGAUUGGGAUAUGGAAUUACCGGUUCAGACAGAGGCACCCGCCGCACAUGGAUGCUCGACUUUCUCAGGCAGAGUUUGCUCACCCUGAUGAGCUGGACGAGGAGUUUGACACGUUCCCCACGACUCGGCCGACCGAUAUAGUGAGGAUGAGGUAUGAUCGUCUCCGGAGUGUGGCAGGGAGAGUUCAGACAGUGAUCGGGGAUUUAGCAACACAAGGGGAAAGAACGCAGGCGAUACUGAGCUGGAGGGACCCGAGGGCAACUGCAAUAUUCAUCAUAUUCUCGCUGAUAUUGGCGGUUUUGAUCUACAUAACUCCUCCUCAAGUCGUGGCUGUGCUGCUGGGGCUCUACUGGCUGAGGCAUCCCCGGUUCAGGAGAAAGCUGCCUUCCGUGCCUGUCAAUUUCUUCAAGAGAUUGCCUUCCAAGUCGGAUUCGCUUCUGUGAGAUAGAUGGACGUUAUUUAUUGUUGGAUUAGCCUCUUUUUUUUUUUUUUAAGGGGGGGAGGGGGAGGGAGUUGGAAAUGAAAAAUAAAAUCUCCCACGAAUUAUGUAACAUAGUUACGGACUUGUGAUACUUCUGAAAAUGAAGACAUUAUAUAUUCAGGUCAGGAAGGAAUAAAGCCACAACGAUAAUAAAAGGGCAAGAAAUUUUUAUAAGAAUUUCAAUAUUGCUUUGA